GGUCGUGUGUGUGUUCAGCUGAGUGAAAAUAUUAAUUAUUUAAUUUACUAAUCGUGAGCAUCGCCCGAACUUUAGAUUAUCGCACUAAGCGUUAUCCAAUUGCAGAUAACUGGCAUAUUGCUUGUCUUGAAAAGCUAUUGAUUUUGGACAACAUUUCAGAAACGUUAUUGGACAUAUAUGUAGAACAGACAGUGGAACAUGCACUCUCAAGGACAGGGUCAACAAACGCAAUCCUCGGCGAAUUCCUUGUUGCAGCAGCAAACCCUAGUUUCAACCAAUAAUGUUAAAAUAAGCGAGACACAAUCGCUAUCAUCCGUCGGAUUAUUGGAGCUCGCUCAUCGUGAAUACCAAGCUGUGGAUUAUGAGAAUGCUGAAAAACAUUGUAUGCAAUUAUGGCGGCAGGACAGCACCAACACAGGCGUGCUGUUGCUCCUAUCAUCAAUCCAUUUUCAGUGCAGGCGCCUCGAUAAGUCUGCGCAGUUCUCAACUUUGGCAAUAAAGCAAAAUCCUGUGCUAGCUGAAGCUUAUAGUAAUCUCGGAAAUGUUUACAAAGAACGAGGACAGCUUCAAGAAGCACUGGAUAACUAUCGUAGAGCUGUACGACUAAAACCAGAUUUUAUAGAUGGAUAUAUCAAUUUAGCUGCUGCAUUGGUAGCUGCCCGGGACAUGGAGUCCGCUGUGCAAGCAUAUAUUACGGCUUUACAAUAUAAUCCCGAUUUGUAUUGUGUGCGCAGUGACUUAGGAAACCUUCUUAAAGCACUUGGACGAUUGGAAGAAGCAAAAGCUUGCUAUCUGAAGGCAAUAGAAACAUGUCCUGGUUUUGCUGUUGCAUGGAGUAACUUGGGCUGUGUGUUUAAUGCACAAGGAGAAAUUUGGCUAGCUAUACAUCAUUUUGAAAAAGCCGUUACUCUCGAUCCGAAUUUUUUGGACGCGUACAUCAAUCUAGGAAACGUACUAAAGGAAGCCAGAAUAUUUGACAGAGCUGUUGCAGCAUAUUUGCGUGCUUUAAAUCUUUCACCUAACAAUGCGGUGGUCCACGGUAAUUUGGCGUGCGUGUACUAUGAGCAAGGACUCAUUGAUUUGGCGAUUGACACAUAUAGACGGGCAAUAGAGUUGCAGCCGAACUUCCCAGACGCCUAUUGUAAUUUGGCUAAUGCACUAAAAGAAAAAGGACAGGUGAAAGAGGCGGAGGAUUGCUACAAUACUGCGUUAAGAUUAUGCUCAAAUCAUGCAGACUCCCUCAAUAAUUUGGCCAACAUAAAAAGAGAACAAGGAUACAUUGAGGAAGCUACUCGUCUUUAUUUAAAAGCAUUGGAAGUGUUUCCAGAUUUCGCUGCAGCGCACUCAAAUCUGGCUUCUGUUUUGCAACAGCAAGGCAAACUAAAGGAAGCUCUAAUGCAUUAUAGAGAGGCUAUAAGAAUUCAGCCUACAUUUGCUGAUGCCUAUUCUAACAUGGGAAAUACUCUUAAGGAAUUACAAGACGUGAGCGGAGCACUACAAUGUUAUACUCGAGCUAUUCAGAUAAAUCCAGCUUUCGCUGAUGCUCAUAGCAAUUUGGCGAGCAUUCAUAAGGAUUCAGGAAAUAUUCCAGAAGCUAUUCAAUCGUACCGCACAGCUCUGAAACUAAAGCCAGAUUUUCCCGAUGCAUACUGCAAUUUGGCUCAUUGUUUGCAAAUUGUUUGCGACUGGACGGACUAUGAUGUACGAAUGAAAAAGCUGGUUAGCAUCGUUGCUGAACAGCUUGAAAAGAACCGUUUACCAUCCGUACAUCCGCACCAUUCAAUGCUAUAUCCACUGACACAUGAAUUCCGAAAGGCCAUUGCAGCCAGGCAUGCUAAUUUGUGUCUGGAAAAAGUACACGUACUUCACAAACAACCAUAUAAUUUUUCAAGAGAAUUACCGAGUGAUGGACGUCUUCGUAUUGGAUAUUUAAGUUCUGAUUUUGGAAAUCAUCCUACCUCACAUUUAAUGCAAUCUGUCCCCGGAUUACAUGACCGAUCAAAAGUUGAAAUAUUUUGCUAUGCCCUCAGCCCAGACGAUGGCACAACGUUUCGUUAUAAAAUCAGCCGUGAAUCCGAACAUUUCGUUGAUCUUUCUCAAAUUCCGUGCAACGGUAAAGCAGCCGAUAAAAUUUACAGCGACGGCAUUCACAUUUUAGUUAACAUGAACGGUUAUACUAAAGGUGCGCGUAAUGAAAUCUUUGCACUCCGGCCAGCUCCUAUUCAAGUUAUGUGGCUCGGCUAUCCCGGCACUAGCGGUGCAAGUUUCAUGGAUUAUAUAAUAACUGAUGCUGUAACUAGUCCAAUGGAGUUGGCUCAACAGUACAGUGAAAAACUAUCGUACAUGCCUUUCACAUAUUUUAUUGGUGAUCACAAACAAAUGUUCCCACACCUAAAGGAGCGCAUUAUUGUUUGCGAUAAACAGCAAUCCUCAGUUGCAGACAACGUGGCUGUUAUAAAUGCAACCGAUCUAUCACCAUUGGUCGAAAAUACAGAUGUAAAGGAGAUUAGAGAGGUCGUCAACGCGCAAAAGCCCGUCGAAAUAACACAUAAAGUAGCUGAGUUACCAAGUACGACCCAAAUUGUAUCGAUGAUUGCGACUGGCCAAGUGCAGACCUCUCUAAAUGGUGUGGUUGUACAAAAUGGAUUGGCCACCACUCAAACCAAUAAUAAAGCCGCCACUGGGGAAGAGGUUCCACAGAAUAUUGUCAUAACAACACGUCGACAGUACAUGCUGCCCGACGACGCUAUUGUAUACUGUAAUUUUAAUCAACUCUAUAAAAUUGACCCGCAAACUCUGCAAUCUUGGGUAGAAAUUUUGAAGAAUGUACCCAAAUCGGUUUUAUGGCUAUUGCGGUUUCCAGCUGUUGGCGAACAAAAUAUUAAAAAAUCUGUCAGCGAUUUAGGAAUAACACCUGAAAGAGUUAUAUUCUCGAAUGUAGCAGCUAAAGAGGAGCAUGUUCGCCGUGGACAACUAGCCGAUAUUUGUCUUGACACGCCAUUGUGCAAUGGCCACACCACAUCUAUGGAUGUUCUAUGGACGGGUACUCCGGUUGUCACACUCCCCGGAGAGACAUUAGCAUCUAGAGUUGCUGCAUCACAAUUGGCAACCUUGGGUUGCCCAGAGCUGAUAGCGCGUACUAGGGAAGAAUAUCAGAAUAUCGCUAUUCGAUUGGGGACUGAAAGAGAAUAUCUAAAAACGCUAAGAGCAAAGGUGUGGAAGGCUCGAGUCGAGAGUCCAUUAUUUGACUGCUCACAAUAUGCCAAAGGAUUGGAAAAUUUAUUUGGACGCAUGUGGGAACGAUUUUCACAGAACGAACUUCCGGAUCACAUCUCUGCUGUGGCUGAAAAAUAGAUUUUUUUGUUAAUACUAAAAACUCACAUAUACAUAUUAUGAACGCAAGACUUUGUGACAUGGAUCCAGUUUACAGACUGGGCCAAGAUUAAUAUUCGAAAAUGCUUUGGAAAUACAACUUUUUGCGAUAUAUAUGUUACAUGUAUACAUAAACUUUUCUGAAUAAGAAAAACAAUUAGCGUUUAAAGAUUUACAUGUUUUCGAUUGAUUGAUUGAUUGAUUGACCUCUUAUACACAAUUUUCCCUUUAAGCUUAAGACGUUAUAUUGUAUUAGACCGAAAUAUUGUCCCAUUGGGAUACGAGUAGAAAAUGUGCGAUAAAUAUAAAUAGUGCUUACUACUUACAAACAUCAA